CAAAUACUAUCUGCCAUUAUUGAUCAAAGAAACAAAACCUGGAAUUCUAAUUAAGGGUCAAGAAACCAGCUGGGUCGAUAGUGACAUUUGAGUCAAGGAACCAAGGUCUUUUGUUUAAUUUGAUUUUUCUUAGCUUCUUCCACCUCAUCUACUCUAUGAAAAUCAAUAAUUGAAGACAAGUUGAAACUUUCUGACACGGGCAAGAGAGAAAUGGGAUCCUCAAGAUCAUUGCUUAUCUUCAUCUUUCCAAUUCUUUUCAACCUUGUUCCUCCCACCACUUCCCAAAACGACGGUAUCUGCACAAAUAAUCCUUACUACUGCUGGAAAUGUUCCGAUACCGGCACCUACACGCCCGGCGACAUGUACCAAGAUAACCUCAACAGCCUCCUCUCCUCCUUCACCACAAACACCGAAAUCAGUUCUGGGUUCUACAAUUUUUCCGAGGGACAAGACCCCAACAAAGUGAACGCCAUUGCAUUGUGCAGAGGAGACCUCUCUCAGGACGCUUGCCAUACGCAUCUCAAUGAUUCUAUAAAUGCUCUCUUGCAAAAUUGUUCUACUCAUCCAAAGGAAGCAAUCAUGUGGACAGAGCAUUGUAUGGUUCGAUACUCGAACAACUUGAUAUUCGGAAUUGAGAAAGAGGACCCUAUAAAAUUUGUGCCUAGCCCAAAUCCUGCUAAGGAUUCUGCACAGUUUAACCUGGUGCUUAACCCCUUGUUGAGUACGUUAGUUGAAAAAGCUGCAUCAGGGGACUCUACUAAAAAAUUUGCAGCAGGUCAUGCAACUGUCCCGGGAGGUGAAACUAUAUAUGCACUUGUCCAGUGCACUCCAGAUAUAAAGCAACUAAACUGCAACCAUUGCCUUACAGAAGCAGUCUCAGAUAUUCCCGGAUGUUGUGGUGGAAAGCAAGGAGGAAGAGUUCUUAAACCCAGCUGUAACCUAAGGUAUGAGGUUAGUCUUUUCUAUGAGUCCACAUCCGAUUUGCCAGUAAAUAUUUCAUCUCCGGGUCCAGCAGCACCAGCACCCAAAGGAGCUGCAAAGAAGAGUAACACAAAAGUAAUUAUCAUCAUCGUGGUGGUCGUGGUUUUGGUCGCUUUUGUGACCAUCCUCAGCAGCAUAUGCGUUUACUUGAGAGUGAAGAAACGAGGGGUAAAACUUGAAGUUGAAGAUCAGGAUAACUCAGAUGAAAUCAGUUUAGUGGAAUCGUUGAAAUAUGACUAUGACACUAUAAGAUCUGCAACGGAUGACUUCUCUGAUGCAAAUGAGCUUGGAAGAGGUGGAUUUGGAGCUGUUUACAAGGGAAGGCUACUGAAUGGGCAACUUAUAGCCGUAAAAAGGCUCGCUAAGAAUUCUGAACAAGGCGAUCGUGAAUUUUCGAAUGAGGUCAUACUACUUGCACAGCUUCAACACCGAAAUUUAGUAAGGCUCCUAGGAUUUUGCUUAAAAGCAGAAGAAAGACUCCUCAUUUACGAAUACGUGGCAAACAAAAGUCUUGAUCACUUCAUUUUUGGCCCCAACAAUCAUAUGCAUUUGGAUUGGGAAACACGGUACAAGAUCAUAGGAGGCAUUGCUCGAGGGAUUCUUUACCUUCACGAAGAUUCUCGUGUUCGAAUUAUUCAUCGUGAUCUCAAAGCGAGCAACAUUUUGUUAGAUGAAGAUAUGAACCCAAAAAUUGCUGAUUUUGGUAUGGCAAGAUUGUUUGCUGUUGAUCAAACUCAAGGAAAUACAAAAGCAAUUGUGGGAACCUAUGGAUAUAUGGCUCCUGAGUAUGUACAUCAUGGGAAUUUAUCUGUAAAAACGGAUGUCUUCAGUUUCGGCGUCCUGAUUCUUGAAAUUGUAAGUGGUCAAAAGAUUGGUCGCUUUCGAUACGGCGAGAAUGAAGAGAGCCUUGUAAGCUAUGCCUGGAGAAAUUGGAGUGAGUCUACAAUUUCAAAUGUCAUAGAUCCCAUGUUGACAACGAGUUCAAGAAUCGAAACGACGAGAUGCAUCCACAUUGGUUUACUUUGUGUACAAGAAAAUGUUGUCAGCAGACCGACAUCAGCUUCAGUUGUAUCCAUGCUUAAUAGCCAUUCUGUCACGCUUGCAGUACCCUCAAAACCUGCAUUUCAUGCGCAAAACGACAGUGGAUUGAUAUUGGCAGAGUCUGAAGAAUCCGAAUCCAGUACCCCUUCGGUCUAUGUGUCAAAAAAUGAGCCUUCAAAUAUCACUGAGCCCUAUGCUCGCUAGUUAGGAACCAUAUGUUAACAUACUUUUUAUUUAUUUUGUAGCACAAGUCAUCAUUUUGUAUUCUUGUUUCAUGUUGCUUUAGAGUUGUAACUGUUUAUCUCCAUGGGGGAGUUAUCUUUCUAUUAACUAAUUGAUCUCUGCUUUCGAGCUGCAACCAA